CUGGCUUUCCAAUUGCAUUUGGUUUCAUUGUGGAUGCCAUGAAGAUGAAGUUUUACCUGCUCUUUUUUACCCUAUUUAUCUGGAUUCAAGAGAAGCAUGUCUUCAGUCUUCCAAGGGAUGAAGUUUUGUGGGCUCUCCCACAAACAGACAUGCAAGUUGAAGCCCUUCAGGAUUUACUGAACACCACUGAGGUCAUUCUCUGGCAACCUGUUGUGGUUGAAAACAUCAAGAAGGACAGAGAAGUCCAUUUCUAUGUUAGGGCAUCCAGCAUAAAUAGCAUAAAAGCUCAGUUAAGGCAACUGACCAUCCAACACAAAGUCUCAAUGGAAAAUGUUGAAGCACUUAUUGAAAAACAGACUAUCAAUGACACAGUCAACCCACGCAGAUCUUCAUCAUAUUAUGAAAACUACCACUCAAUGAAAGAAAUAUAUCAUUGGAUGGAAGAAAUAGUGAAAGUGCAUUCUGACCUUCUCCAGAAAAUAUAUAUUGGAUCAUCAUAUGAAAAGAGACCACUUUAUGUUCUAAAGCUUUCUAAAAGCCAGGAAAAAUCCAAAAGGGCCAUCUGGAUUGACUGUGGUAUCCAUGCUAGAGAAUGGAUUUCUCCUGCUUUUUGCUUGUGGUUCAUAGGCCAUGCAAUCCAUGUGCGUGAGAGAGACCAAACCAUGACAACACUUCUGGAGCACUUUGAUUUCUAUGUCAUGCCUGUGAUGAAUGUGGAUGGCUACGUGUACACGUGGAGCCAUCCCUCUAACCGGCUGUGGAGAAAGAGCCGCUCCUCCCACAGUAACAGCAAAUGCAUUGGUACAGACAUGAACAGGAAUUUUGAUGCCCACUGGUGUGGGGAAGGAGCAUCUCCCUACGAAUGUCAUGAGAUAUACUGUGGACCCUACCCAGAGUCUGAACCUGAAGUGAAAGCAGUGGCUCGCUUUAUCAGAGAUCACAAAGACAUCAUUAAAGCAUACAUAACCAUGCACUCUUAUUCCCAGAUGGUCUUGUUUCCAUAUUCUUACACUACAAACAAAAGCAAAGACCAUGAUGAGCUGGAAAGUCUGGCAAAGAAAGCAGCUAUAGCUAUAAAGAGGACAACAAGGAAAACUUACAUCCUUGGUGCUGGUGCACAAACAAUUUAUUUAGCUCCUGGAGGGUCAGAUGACUGGGCUUAUGACCUUGGCAUUAAAUACUCCUUUACCAUUGAGCUUCGGGACACAGGAACUUAUGGGUUUUUGCUUCCUCCUCAGCAAAUCAAACCAACUUGCUUAGAAGCACUUUCUGCUGUCAAAGAGAUAGCUCAGCAUGUUCUUCAAAAUAUGUGAUGCUGAAUUUAUGUCAUUAUGAAUGGAUUCAGUUGGCUUUAAUAAUAACAAUUAUAACAACAACAAUAAUAAUACCUUGCU